UCAGCAAAAGGCAAUCAUCAGGCAAAUACAUAGGAAAGAAGCUCAAAAAUUGGCUCAAGAAAAGCAAAAAGCUCGAAACUAUGUGAGAAAUUUCCUUAUUUUUUUUUCGUUAAAUAGUUAAUUUUAAGUACUCAACACGCGAGUAACUCUACUCCAGUCAUGGAAGAGUGCAGAUUCGAGAAGAGUGAGUUACAGGCUUCGUUCAUGACAGCGACUCCAUUAUGGCAUGAUUCAUGGAGUUUAUGCGAAGUUGCAGAUCGCACAAGGAGUAUUCAGAUACAUCACAUCGCUGGAAUCGUGUACGUUGCUCUACCGGCGGUGGAGAUAACUCAACCGGACAAUCUCGUGGUUCUGAAAGUUGCUGGAGAUGUAUCUUUCUCGGCCUUGUCCACAUCAUUACCAUCCAAUGAGCCUCCUCCUAUGGUCAACGGUGCAAUACGUGACCUUUUUGUUUCAUCGUCUCUCCAUAUUCAGUCACAGAUCACACAAGGAUUGGAAAUGGAAGAAAGAAAACAGGUGGUAAUAACCGGACAUUCAACUGGUGGCGCAGUGGCCGCACUCACCGCACUUUGGCUUCUCUCACAACCUUCGAAGCCGUUAUUCCGCCUCCUCUGCAUCACCUUCGGCUGUCCUUUGCUCGGAAACCAAUCUCUCUCUUCCUCCAUCUCCCGUUCACGUUUGGCCCACAACUUCUGCAACGUGGUCUCCAUCCACGACCUCGCUCCCCGAAGAAAUGAUGAUUUAUGGCCCUUUGGAACCUUUCUCUUCUGUUCCGACAUUGGAUGUGUCUGCUUAGACAAUGCUGAUUCAGUUCGUAAGAUGUUUUUUAUACUCAACUCUACAGGAACUCCAAACAUUGAGGAACGUCCGAGGUACGAACAUUACGUGUCUACACUCUCUCACCAGUUUCUCGUAUCUAGAAGCUUUUCUGGUGGUAGUCUCUCAGACAAUAGCUACCAAGCUGGUGUGGCAUUAGCCGUAGAAUCUCUAGGAUUCUCUCGUGAUAACCCAAGUGGUGUAUCAGCGAAAGAAUGCAUAGAAGCAGCUACAGAAAUUACUCGUGCACCGAUUGUGAGAUCGAGUGAGUUAGCUAUUGAGCUUGGUAAUGUCUUGCCAUCGAGACUAGAAAUUCAAUGGUUCAAAGACAACUGCGACGGAUCACCAAAGCAGCUCGGUUACUACGAUAACUUCAAGGUAAUGUCUAAAAGAGAGAUGAAGGUGAACGUGAGUCGGGCAAAGCUAGCUAAGUUUUGGGAUGGUGUGAUAAGAAUGUUGGAGAAGAAUGAGUUACCUUCUGAUUUUCAUCUCGGAAAGAAAUGGGUAUAUGCAUCUCAGUUUUACCAACUCUUAGCCGAACCACUGGACAUUGCAUACUUCUACAAAUACGACUAUUCAAGGACUAAAGGUCACUACAUGGAGAAUGGGAAUAGACCCAAGAGGUACGUAGAGAUUGAUAAGUGGUGGAAAGAAAAAGGAGAGCCUCAUAAAGAGAAGGGUGCGAGAACUCGAUAUGCUAGCACUACGCAGGAUACUUGCUUUUGGGCUAAGCUGGAGGAAGCAAAAGAGUGUUUGGAUGAUAUGAAAAGUGAGAGUAUCGAUGAACAAAGACGAUAUUUGUUAUGGAAAAGAAUUGUUGGGUUUGAGAGCUAUGCUGAAACAUUGGUGAAGAUGAAGGAAGUUUCAGUUGAUGUUUUGGCAAGGAAUUCGAGUUACAGUGUGUGGGUGGAGAGGCUAAGUGAGUUCAAGAUCAAAAAGGGUAAUAUGGUUGCUGAUGACGCAAUGGAGUUUUAGUAGAAUUAAUAGCAAAUCUGAUUAACGAUAUGCUCGAGAACAAUGUUUAUCUACUGUUUUUCAUCAUGUUUAUGUAAGACUUUCUGAUGUAUGCUGCUAUUCCGAAAGUAUCUUUAUCAAAUCACUUUUUAUUAAAUAA